CAAUCAACAUCUGCUCAUUGUACAGGGUGAUCCUCGAAGACAUCGCAUUGAUCAACGUCCAAGAUCGCCAUGUUCGACAGCAACCUCGACGCGCUCUUCCCCUUGCCCUCGCCCCCGCCGUCGACCAAGUGUCCCGAACGCCUUCCAGGCAUUACUCAUGAGACGAACCUCGCAGUGACCAAGACUCUCAGGGAGAACCAUGUACAGCGUCAUGCCUUCAUCAACGACCAAGGUUUCCACAAUCACAUCUCGCACCAGAUUCUCGCCGUAUACGCACUCGGUGGUGCAGCGUCUCUCUAUAAUGCGAUCUACAAGACGCAGGAGCCCAUGACGCGCCCAUACACCGCCUCGCCGAGCACCAUCACCAAGGAGACCUUCAAUGAGCACCUUGGCAAACUCAACUACUACGACGCGUACCUACUCUACUUCCAGCGUGAGCUCGAAGAGAAGGGCGCUAGUGCAACCAUCGAGGAGCACAUCUUCUCUCGUGCGGCGAACUUCACGGGUGAUGCCCUCACGCGCGCCAUGUUCGACCGCUUCUACGCCCGCGCCUACCACCCAUUGAUCUUCGUCGGCUAUGGUCUCGAAUUCGGCUUGUUGGGCCUCGUCGCGGAAGGUCUUGCGCAAACGGCGUGCCACCCGCUUGAGGCCACGAAGUACUUCACCGCGUCUGAGUUCGCAGCCCUCUCGGAGGCAGGGUCGAGCGCCGUCGCGCAAGUGACCGAAAAACUCUCCAACCUCCUCCUGAACAGUUCUGCGCCCGCCGUGCCACCGAAGACCAGCCUAGGCGUGCACGCCUUCGACAUCGCGGCGCGCAUUCUGAAGGACGACCGCUUCAGUGCGGCGAAGCUCGGCCUGAAGCCGCACUUGGACCCCGCGGGCGCUAUCGCGCACUACGAGAAGGUUGCGGACGUGCUUAGCGCAGACCUCCUUGUGAUGACAGAGGAGUGGCUGCCCGUCGGCGCAGACCUCGACCAGAAGAUUGAGGAGCUGAGUUGGCUGUGCACCUUGCUGUACGGCGUCACCGGCUGGAGCGCCAACAACGACUUCAACGCUGACUUCUUCAUUAUGCAUGUCCUGACCUCGAGCCUCUUCCUUCCCUCGUUUGUGGAGUACCUCUCCCCAAGCUCGAGCGUCCUCCUCUUGCGCAAGCAUUUUAUCACCGGCGUGUCCUGGUGGAUCGCACGGGGACGGCCCUCCCUCAACAUCAAGGAGUUCUACGCUGGCACGUCGCCCGACGCCACCUUGGAGCCGGCGGUCCCGAAGCCGUCCCUCGCCCCCGCGGGCACGACGCCGAACCCGUGGCUCGCGCUCGUCGAGCGCGCUAUUGUGCACCCCGACGACCAUGUCGUGAAGGUGCAACGUGCGCUGCUGCACUACUCGAAGGCGUACGGCGGGCGCGGCCGCGGCACGUUUGAGGACACUGCGCUCGAGGGUGCGGAGGUCGUGGAUGGGACCCUAUUCGUGAGGGUCGCGCAGUUGACGGCGAAGCGCAUGGGCGUGGAGGGCACGUUCUGGGAUUUCAAGGGCUUCUUUGUCUAGGUGAGCUGGGUUCGCUCGCUGUCUGUAUCGCUGACGAUAGCUGUAUUACUGUCCAGUGAGGUUGCGUGUAACCCCCACUUACGUCUUUGAUUGUAAUGAUAUGAGUUAUUCUCUGAUCACGAUGGGAUGGCUCCAUCGCGGAAGCAGCUGUAGGGUACGAGCAGGAACUGAGAGCGUCGAUGGGCUCAGAUUGCUCGUUCCUUUCGCAGCCGUAUGAAUACGCGACAACCCGAAGCCGGAGUAGGAGUUCCGCCACAAAUUCAUCUUGAUCGCUGCAAUCAUACUCUAUGCAUAUGCCCGACUCAUGCGACAGUCGAAACCGCAGCACAGAG